AUGGCUUUAACAUACAAUAAUUGUUGUCAAUCCAUAUCCGCUGGUCUGACACUCAUCUCCCAGUCAUUCCUCGUUUGUGACAACUUUAUCAUGUGGAAAUUAAAAGUUGCGGAGGGAUCAAACCCAUGGUUGCGUUCAGUGAAUAGGCAUGUGGGCCGCCAAAUAUGGGAGUUUGAUCCGGAUCUGGGUUCUCCUGAAGACCUGGCUGAAGUCGAGAAGCUUCGGGAGGAAUAUCAUAAUCAUCGCUUUGAGAAGAAGCAUUCUUCUGAUCUUCUCAUGAGACAUCAGUUUUCAAGGGAUAAUCCGAGCAACACAAAUUUUCCCCAAGUAAAAGUGAAAGAUUUGGAGGAUGUUACCGAAGAUAAAGUAGUCAAUACUUUGAGGAGGGCCAUUAGUUUCUAUUCAACUCUGCAGGCCCAUGAUGGUCAUUGGCCAGGCGACUAUGGUGGCCCAAUGUUUCUUAUGCCUGGCCUGGUUAUUACAUUAUCGAUUACUGGGGCAUUAAAUGCAAUACUUUCGAAGGAGCACAAGCGUGAGAUUUGCCGCUAUCUCUACAAUCAUCAGAACAGAGACGGUGGAUGGGGUCUGCACAUUGAGGGGCCAAGCACCAUGUUUGGUUCUGUUCUUACCUACGUUACUCUGAGAUUGCUUGGUGAAGGACCAAAUGAUGGAGAUGGAUCAAUGGAGAAAGGUCGAGACUGGAUUUUGAAUCAUGGUGGUGCCACUGCUAUAACAUCUUGGGGAAAGAUGUGGCUUUCGGUGUUGGGGGCCUUCGAAUGGUCUGGAAACAAUCCUUUGCCACCUGAGAUAUGGCUUCUUCCAUAUAUUCUUCCAUUCCAUCCAGGUAGAAGGAUGUGGUGUCAUUGUCGAAUGGUUUAUCUCCCCAUGUCCUAUUUGUAUGGGAAAAGGUUUGUUGGUCCAAUCACCCCCACAAUUCUGUCUCUAAGGAAGGAACUCUAUACAGUUCCAUACCAUGAAAUAGACUGGAAUAAAGCUCGCAACGAGUGUGCGAAGGAAGAUCUAUACUACCCGCACCCUGUUGUACAGGAUAUACUUUGGGCAUCUCUUCACAAGGUUGUGGAACCUAUUAUGUUGAAUUGGCCAGGGAAGAAGUUGAGAGAGAGAGCUCUUAAUACAGUUAUGGAGCAUAUACACUAUGAGGAUGAAAACACUCGUUACAUAUGCAUUGGCCCCGUAAACAAGGUGCUGAAUAUGCUCUGCUGUUGGGUGGAAGACCCUAAUUCUGAAGCUUUCAAGUUGCACCUUCCAAGAAUCUAUGAUUACCUGUGGGUUGCAGAGGAUGGAAUGAAAAUGCAGGGAUACAAUGGAAGUCAGUUGUGGGAUGCUUCCUUUGCUGUUCAGGCUAUAAUUUCAACAAAUCUUGUUGAUGAUUUUGGGCAAACACUAAGAAAAGCUCAUACAUACAUAAAGAAUUCACAGGUGUUGGAUGAUUGCCCAGGCAAUCUAGAUGAUUGGUAUCGUCACAUUUCCAAAGGUGCCUGGCCAUUUUCGACUGCAGACCAUGGUUGGCCUAUUUCAGAUUGCACUGCUGAGGGAUUGAAAGCAGUUCUGUUGCUUUCAAAGUUACCAAGUGAAGUUGUUGGUGAACCACUUGAUCCCAAGCGGUUAUACGAUGCUGUGAAUGUUAUUCUUUCACUACAGAAUGUAGAGGGAGGCUUCGCAACAUAUGAAUUGACAAGAUCCUAUAGUUGGUUGGAGCUAAUCAAUCCUGCUGAAACUUUUGGUGACAUUGUCAUUGAUUAUCCCUAUGUUGAGUGCACUUCGGCUGCUAUUCAAGCAUUAACAGCAUUUAAGAAGUUAUACCCUGGGCAUCGCAAAGUAGAAGUCGAGUGCUGCAUAGAGAAAGGUGCAAAAUUCAUUGAAAAAAUUCAAGAAGCCGAUGGCUCAUGGUAUGGUUCUUGGGCAGUUUGCUUCACUUAUGGAACAUGGUUUGGGGUAAAAGGCCUGGUGGCAGCUGGUCGAACUUUUAAUAGUUGCUCUGCCAUUCGCAAGGCUUGUGAUUUUCUGUUGUCUAAACAACUCCCCUGUGGCGGCUGGGGAGAGAGUUACCUUUCAUGUCAAAACAAGGUGUAUAGUAAUUUAGAUGGGAACAGGUCUCAUGUGGUAAAUACAGGAUGGGCAAUGCUGGCUCUCAUUGACGCUGGGCAGGCUGAGAGAGAUCCCUUGCCGUUGCACAGAGCAGCCAAAAUCCUAAUAAAUUCGCAGUGUGAAAAUGGUGACUUUCCACAACAGGAAAUAAUGGGGGUCUUCAACAGGAAUUGCAUGAUCACAUAUGCUGCAUAUAGGAAUAUAUUCCCUAUUUGGGCUCUUGGAGAAUACCGUUCCCGGGUUCUACAAACUCAAUGA